GCUUACCGGGUCGCUCUCUCCUCUCUCUCAGUACCCAGUUUCAUACCAGCUACUAUUUGGUCAAGUCUGGAUCGUUUGUCACCCUAAGCACAAAUCAGAUUCAACUCACAGAAGCACAGAGUACAGCUGGGCUCCAAAGAGGAUUGGACAUCUGUGGUACUUGACAUUCAAGCCUUUGGCGAGAUGUCAGCAUUUCAUGGAGCACUUUAAAUGUUUUGGUUUGAGAGCUAAUGCAGCAUUUCCCACUGGUCAACACCAGCAGUCCAGGCAGAAAGCAAAGUAGAUUUCCCUCAACAUCAGAUGUUACACUCAGUGGCUGAUCCAAUCUUGCCUUCAGAGACCAUAAAAGACUGGAUAAAUUGGAUCAUUAGCGAAGAAGCACCUUGGCCACUUCAAGAUGACAAGCACUCACUGGGCUAAAUUACUUCAUUGAAAGGAAACCUCAUAUUAGACAAAAAUUUUAAAACGUCUCACCUUCAGAAGUUACCAAACGAUGAAUGCCACCACUGCCACACCUGCAGAGGGGUCCUGCCCCCGGAACACCCUCAUAAUCCAGCAAGUCAUCCCCGUGCUGUACUUCGUGGUCUUCGUGGCCGGGAUCCUGCUCAACGGCGUGUCCGGGUGGAUAUUCUUCUACGUGCCCAGCUCCAAGAGUUUCAUCGUCUAUCUCAAAAACAUUGUCGUCAGUGACUUCCUGAUGAGCCUGACUUUUCCUUUCAAGAUCCUGGGAGACUCGGGCCUCGGCCCCUGGCAGCUGAACGUGUUUGUGUGCAGGGUCUCGGCCGUGCUCUUCUAUGUCAACAUGUAUGUCAGCAUAAUGUUCUUUGGGCUCGUCGGCUUUGACAGAUAUUAUAAAAUCGUGAAGCCUCUUUUGACUUCGUUCAUCCAGUCCGUGAACUACAGCAAAGUCCUGUCGGUGCUGGUGUGGAGCCUCACGCUGCUGCUUGCCAUUCCCAACAUGAUCCUGACCAACCGGAGCGCCAGGAAGGCCACACGCGUUAAAUGCAUGGACCUUAAGAAUGAACUGGGCCUCAAGUGGCACAAAGCCUCCAACUACAUCUUUGUAGCCAUCUUCUGGAUUGUGUUUCUUUCCUUAGUCAUUUUCUACACUGCUAUCACGAGGAAAAUCUUUAAGUCCCACCUUAAGUCCAGAAAGAAUUCCAUCUCGGUCAAGAGGAAAUCUAGCCGCAAUAUAUUCAGCAUCAUGUUCGUGUUUUUUGUCUGUUUUGUACCUUACCAUGUUGCCAGAAUCCCCUACACUCGGAGCCAAACAGAAACCCAUUACAGCUGCCAGUCAAAAGAAAUCCUGUUCUAUGUGAAAGAAUUCUCUCUGCUAUUGUCAGCUGUAAACGUAUGCCUGGACCCCAUUAUUUAUUUCUUUCUAUGCCAGCCAUUUAGAGGAAUGUUAUGUAAGAAAUUGCAUAUCCCAUUAAGAGCUCAGCGUGACUCAGAAACUUCCAAACCCAAAAGGGGAAAUAUAACACAAGAAAGCACAGAUACUUUGUGAAUUCCCACCUCCUUUCAAAUAAAGUCUGUGCAUGCAUAUUGUAAUCUUCAAUUACAUAAUAAAGAAAAAUGAAUAAGAAGCAUGUCCACGAUAAUAAGUAUCAUCUCUAGGCAUUACUAUUCAAUUUAGUACAAUAAUAAAACUAAAAUGUAAGUUUCCAUGCUUGUUUUUGUACCAUCAAAGAAAAAAUAAUACAUUAUUUAAUCUUAUCCCAUCAAAAUAGAAGGUUUAAAUUUUUAAUCAAUAGUCUGGUCAGUUAAUAUAGCACUUUAAAUAGCAAUAAGGAAAACAGGAAGCAAUCAAGACAAUUCACAGGGGCAUCUUCCUUCUUCUAAACACAAGAAUUAAGUUGGCAUAUCAUGCAAUUUUUUUCAACAGGGUCAUUAAAGACCAACUGAAAAGCAGGCACAGUCUGAUAAAGGAUUAGAGGCCUGUUUGUAGUGAAAAAGUCAAGUCUUCUCUGAUUUGAAGAAGCAGGAUAAGCAGACACCCAAAAAAUUACUUAAGAAAUCCCCCACUGAUUUAUUUCAUGGCAUUUCAAAGGAAAGCAGAUAUAAACUCUGUACAUCGCAGCAAAAAAUGUAAUUUUUCUCUGAUAGCAUUUUGAGGAUGAUAUAAGAUACAUCUUAAAUAUGUUUUAUAUGAAGAUUAGUUAAGCCACUUAAUGAGCCUAGUGUUCUGGUGUUAGAAUAUGUUUAAGUAAACUCUACAGAGGGAAUCUAGAUAGUGGCAUAAGUUGCCAGAAACUUCCCCUGUUCAACGGUAUGGGAAAAAAAUCUAGGAUGUCUGGGAAAAGACAUAUGCACACAAAUACCCCCAGCUGGCAACACACUUUAUUCCCUAGGAGCAGAGAAAAGCAGUUUUCUUAGAAAGCAACUGGACUUGAUAAAAAGAAAAUCUAAAAUUUACAAUAAUGAGUGAGAAAUUACACAUAAAAUGAAAAUUUACACAUCAUAUUUUCUGAAAAACAAAUUUCAUAUGUGCAGAUACGGGAUAUGGUUGCUGGCUUGUGAGUUAUCAAAGCUCAGUUCUUUCUCUGCUAUUAACUGGCUGGAAGACAUUUAGCCUAUCUUUCAAAUACUCUUGUCAAACAUUUUUGUAAGUCAUGUUUUCAUAUAUAU